GAACUCUUUGUCCCCUCCCCUCUCUCUCUUCCUUAUCUCUCUCCGCCACUCUCUCUCUCUCUCUCUCUCUCCCCGAACUCUCCAAUGGCUGGUCUACUCAAAACGCCGUCUUUACAUCUCACACCAACGCUGCUACAUGCUCCCUCUGUACCCUUUAAGCCCUUUUGUGUCUCCUUCGCCGGAGGAAGAAAUACCACCGUCUCACUCUCUCGCCGAGCUUCUCUCCGGUCUGUGUCUAGCGGCUAUCCUCUUCGGUUACUGAACCUUGUACCUUUUGCUUCGGGAGAAGCUGAGACUACGGAGACGGAGGUGGAAUCGAACGAACCUGAAGUCCAGGAGACGGAUGGUGCUGUUGGUGUCGAGAGUGAAAAUGUCGGAGCUGAUGAAGAAGAAGCGGCUGCUAUCACAGCGUUGCUGAGUUCAUAUAAAGAAGCUUUAGCAGACAACAAUGAGGGGAAGAUCGCUGAGAUAGAAGCAACUUUAAAAUCAAUAGAAGAUGAAAAAAUUCUGCUUGAGGAUAAAGUAGCGUCUUUAUCCAAUGAUUUAUCGGUGGAGAGGGAUCGGCUCAUAAGAAUCAGUGCGGAUUUCGACAAUUUCAGGAAGAGGACGGAGCGGGAAAGGCUAAACCUUGUUUCAAAUGCUCAAGGAGAGGUUGUAGAGGAUCUGUUGGCUGUUUUGGAUAAUUUCGAGAGAGCUAAAUCCCAAAUUAAGGUGGAGACUGAGGGAGAAGAGAGAGUCACUAAUAGUUACCAGAGCAUAUACAAACAGUUUGUUGAAAUUCUGGGCUCACUUGGUGUUAUCCAUGUGGAGACAGUCGGGAAGCAGUUUGAUCCAAUGCUACAUGAGGCAAUAAUGAGAGAAGACUCCACGGAAUAUGAAGAGGGUAUAGUACUUGAAGAAUACAGGAAAGGUUUCUUGCUAGGGGAAAGGCUUUUACGUCCGUCGAUGGUGAAAGUAUCAGCUGGACCUGGACCAGAGAAGCCUGGCGAAGCUGAAGCUGAAGGAGAAGAAGCAACUGCACAAGGAAACUCAGAAGAAGAAGCUUCGUCAUCUUGAAAUUGAAGAUAGAUCAAGACUGAGCAGUUUUUGCGUGCGUGUGAGUGAAACGAUACAGAGAAAAGAGGGAGAGGUCGUUUGACCAUAUUAAUUGUUGUUUAUUGUUAUUGAUACGUUAUUUCAUUUCUACAGAGUCUAUAAGGAAAUAGAAACGAGAAUUUUCUUUUUUGAAAGAACUAUUAAAUUUUGAGUAUUUGAUACCGGUGGAGAAGAUCA